AUGACGAGUAUAUGUGGAGUUUACACGUCGACGUCGUGGUUUUCAACGACGGCUUUGAUGCGAAAAACCUCGCCAUUCGUGUACCGAAAAACGGGAAGAAUUUGCGGCAACGCCGUGUUGACGCGUCAGGAAUGGAGGUACACCAAGGUUGGGUUUUGACGCCUACAUGGCUGACGUCGGGAAUUGAGGCCGUGGGACGGCAUUUCCAGCGGACGAUGGGCCUCAAAUACGGCUUCGACAUGGGCCUCGACGAUCGCAUUCUACUCACAUCCAUUGCACAGAGACAGCGACGGCUCGACGACAAAAAGAUGCGCCAACUCGGUUUUUUUUUCAAUUUUCAAUUUUGGAGCAUAGCUUUUGAAAGUGACGUUUGUUCCUGUUUUUAAUCCAACUCGCCAUCGAUUUUGUAAAAAACUUCGAGAAGACAACAUCGAAGAGAAAAAUAAAACAAUUUAGUAAAGAGUAGAAAUUAUCCAAAACUGUAGCGAAAUUCGAUAAUAGUUGAUAAGCAUUCCAGGAAGUAUAAUGGAAGGCCGAAUAAUCGACGUGAUGUCGAUGGAUGAGACUUUGGCCGAACUCGCAAUCCAGUUGACCAACGUCGCGGUCGACAGAAAUUUCUCCCAUGUUGGUUGAGCAUUUCUCGAAAACUUAUCUAUGAAACAUUCAGCGAAAAAAUGACUUUUUUCCAGGUGAACGUCAGUUGGCUUCGCCGCGGCCAAGGCGACGAAGAAGUGCAGAAGACGUUGGACGAGGAACGUCAUCAGAUGCGCCGAAGAGUCGGCGAAAUGCUCGGCAUCACCUGUCCGGAGAUCAGAUUUAUAGGUUCUAAGAGAACCUUUGGGAAGGCUGCAGAACGGGAAAGUCCUAGGAGAAAACACGAAAUUGAUGGAGGAAGAAAUGGACCGACUUUUCCGCGAAGCCGACUAUGGAAUGGACUAUCGGUCGCUAAGCAAAACUGGCCGAGUUCUGGGCGCCUUGUCCAAAACUGCAGAUGUGAGAGUCUGUUUUGAGAAGCCAAAUUACCGAUUUUCUUCAGAAAGAAGUUUCUGCUCCAGAAAAGCCACCGCGGCCUUGGCUCAAAGCCAUUCAAAAACGCAAAGAACAGCGGAAAUCUGAAGUCGCGAGUUCAUCAGAUGAAAAUUAGUUGAUAAUUUGUUCCAUAUCAUGUUUUAUUUAUUAUUUUGUGCAUAGAAGAAUACAUAUUUUCCAUUUAUUUAUUUAUUUUUUUCAAUUUUUUCCACGGUUUGUCUCCUAUACAUUCAAAAUUUCACCAAUACUUGCAAGGGACGUCCUUUUAGUGUGACUUUUGGAGUUUUCUAUGAAUUCGCCCGAAAAUUCUUGAAAGUGCAUGUUCUCUAUUUUCGUGAUAGCAACUAUCUAUGCCAACAUUUAUUUCGGGAAUAUCAUUUUUCAAAGUUCGCGUUCAACACAAAUUCGAGCAUGGAACCAAUUUUCCUCAACAUAAGACCCACAUUUUCAAAAAAAAAGCAAGUUAAAUCAAAGUUAUAGCGAGUUCCAAACUUCACCCUUAAAAUACGUCCUUUAUUAGACUUCUACUAGUCUAAAUAUUCAGAUGACAGCUCCCCGCAAACUGAAGGUUCUGUGCUUGCACGGCUACCGGCAAUGCGGCAAGUCGUUCCGAGAAAAGACAGGCAGCACCAGAAAAUUGGUGAAGAACCUCGCCGACUUCGAAUUCGUCGACGCGCCGCACACUGCCCGCGCAGAUAACGGUUUCAGUUUCUUCAAAAGUUAUGCCGACAGAGAAGUAACUAGGCUGGUCGGUACUGACAAACGUUGAAAGAAUAUUGAACAUUUCGAUCCAUUUUAGAUGUGCCGACAAGCCGAGCGUGGUGGUUCUCGAACAGUGGCGAAGUGAGUUUCUCAUCUCGGGAGCCGACGGACGUCGACGUCGGAUUCGAAGAGUCGAUGGAGCAUCUGGUGGCGUUCAUCAAGGAACAUGGACCUUUCGACGGACUUUUUGGAUUCAGUCAAGGCGCUUCGAUGGUCCAUCUACUGUUGGCCAAGAUCCAGCUGGGGGAGAUCGACCUCCCUGGAAUCCGCUUCGCCUUCCUCUUCUCGUCCUUUCUCAGCAUCUCCACCCAACACGAGCGAUUCACGCAGGCGACCAUUGACGACGUCGAGACGUUGCACGUCUUCGGCGACGCCGACGAGAUCGUCUCCCGCGACAAGAGCGAACGCUGCGCCGAACGCUUCUCCAAGAGUCCUCAACGGAUCGUCCACGAAGGCGGCCAUCUCGUUCCUUCGAUGACCAAACAUCGCGAGGUCCUCGUCGACUUUUUACGUCGUCAAACCGUUCAAUAA